UUUUUAUUUGAAGUCAGUUUGUUGUGAUCUCUCAAAUGUACAACAUGCAAGUUUUGUUCUCUUUAAUUUUAAUAUUUUGCACGAUCUCUUCUGGGUUGGCGGCAGCAUAUUACGGUUACUUUGGAAAUUCCGAUAAUCCUGGAAAGUGUCUUAUAAAUGGUUUAAUUUUAUUACCUGGUGAGGUACAUUAUGAAGUAACACAAUGUGCAAAGGUCUCUUGUGGUGAGGAUGGUAUGGCAUAUUUUGUAAGCUGCGGCGUAUAUAAACCUCCCGGCGAUUGUGUACUAGGAGAUCCAAUAGAUCCUACUGGCCGCUAUCCGGACUGUUGUGCUCGCCGUCAUAUAUGCAACACUAUAUUGGGUGAUGAAUACUAACAUUUAUUUAAGUAUUUAAAUGAUUCAUAUUUCAAUCUGACUAAGAAAUAAAGUGGAUAUUUUGAAAUAAAUA